UGCUCACUAGUCUCGUCUCUUCACAGCUGCCAAUCUCCCCUCAGGCUAGCGAGAGGAUUCCAUAGGGGACGUGAGGUCCUUACUGUAGCGGGAUGGGCGCGCAAAGUUUCUCACUUCCGUGUCCUGCGUAGGUAGUGAUCAGCCAAUCAAGGCCCCGCUCCUUUUCCCGCGUCUCGCAGGUUGCUAUGGUGACGCAGAGGCCGCAUCCACGCGUCCUGGGAAGCUGGUCUGGUCGCUGGGUGCCUCUGUUCCCCCUGUCCAGGCUGCGGCCGCACUGUGGAGAGGCAGAGGGCGUGGGACGCGGGUCCCCACCAUCUUACAGGAACAAAACAGACAACCCAAAUCACAGCGACUCUCCUCCGGCACUGGUAGUGGCGUCUGAAUCGGCGGCAACGUUUCCGUGUUCCUUGGCCGACUCUGGUGCUUGUGUUUGUUACCAUCAUUUGUUAACCUUCCAGGAGCUAUAGAUGCUGCGUUACCAGAGCUGAGAAACCUACCCAGACAUGGAAAACUUCAUCCUGUAUGAGGAGAUUGGCAGAGGAAGCAAGACCAUUGUGUAUAAGGGACGUCGGAAGGGGACAAUCAAUUUCGUGGCCAUUCUUUGUACUGAAAAGUGCAAACGGCCUGAAAUAACCAACUGGGUCCGUCUCACCCACGAAAUCAAACACAAGAACAUCGUGACCUUCCAUGAAUGGUACGAGACCAGCAAUCAUCUCUGGAUGGUGGUGGAGCUGUGCACAGGUGGUUCUUUAGAAACUGUGAUUGCUCAGGACGAGAACCUCCCAGAAGAUGUUGUGAGAGAGUUUGGGGUGGACCUGGUCAUGGGGCUGCACCAUCUCCACAGGCUUGGCAUCCUCUUUUGUGACCUUACUCCUGGGAAGAUACUCUUGGAAGGGCCUGGAACACUGAAGUUCAGCAAUUUCUGCCUGGCAAAGGUGGAAGGAGAGAGUCUGGAGGAGUUCUUUGCCGUGGUGGCGGCAGAAGAAGGAGGUGGUGACAGCGUGGACAACACACCGAGGAAAAGCACGAGAAACCGAGUCAGAGGCUCUCCAAUAUAUGCGGCACCAGAAAUCAUAAAGGGAACCGACUUUUCGGUCACCAGUGACCUCUGGUCUUUGGGCUGUCUGCUUUAUGAAAUGUUCUCAGGCAAACCCCCGUUCUUCUCAGAAACCAUGUCAGAAUUAGUUGAGAAGAUUCUGUAUGAAGACCCAUUGCCUCCGGUCCCAAAGGACUCGUCCUUCCCCAAAGCGUCUUCAGAUUUUGUUAAUCUGCUGAGUGGACUCCUGCAGAAGGAUCCUCAGAAAAGGCUGUCGUGGGAGGGAGUCCUGCAGCACGCCUUCUGGAAGGAUGCCCUCCAGAGAGAGGACGCCGACCUGGCCUCUGAGGACUGCAGCUUCAGUAGAAACGUCAUGGAAUGUUCUGGGCUGCAUGAUUCCAGCGAGCUUUCACAGAGCCCUCAGAACGGACAGGCGAAAGGGCAGGAGGGAGCUCAUCGGCUCAGCCAGUCUUUCCGGCUAGACAACGCGACUGAGCUGAGGCCCAAGAGUACCACAGGGGGCCAGCUGAAUGAAUCCAUAUUCCUCCUCAGCUCGCGGCCCACUCCAAGGACUAGCGCCAUGGUGGAGCUGAGUCCUGGAGAAGGUGAGGAUGCCAGCUCGCCACAGACCUCUCCUUUGUCCAAGGUAACCCGUGAGCAUCUGAGCCAGGGGGCCCUGGAGUUCCAGAUGAGGGAGCUGAUUUACACGGACUCGGAUCUUGUGACCACUCCAAUUAUCGACAACCCCAAGAUAAUGAAACAACCUGCCAUCAAGUUUGAUCCAAAAAUCUUGCACCUACCGGCUUAUUCUGUGGAUAAGUUGCUGGUCCUGAAGGACCAGGACUGGAAUGCCUUCCUGCAGCAGGUGUGCUCCCAGAUGGACUCCAGCGACAAGAGCGCAGGGGCGGCGCGAGCCAAGCUGAACCUCCUGUGCUACCUGUGCGUGGUGGCUGCUCACAAGGAUGUGGCCACCAGGCUGCUCCGGUCCCCACUGUUCCAGUUGCUAAUCCAGCAUUUGCGAAUAGCUCCAAACUGGGAUAUACGGUCCAAGGUUGCUCGCGUGAUCGGCUUGCUGGCCUUACACACCACAGAACUUCAGGAAAACACGCCGGUUGUCGAGGCGAUCACACUUUUAACAGAACUAAUCCGGGAGAACUUCAGGAGCAGCAAGCUGAAGCAGUGCCUCCUGCCCACACUCGGGCAGCUCAUCUACCUCGUUGCCACCCAGGAAGAGAAGAACCAGCACCCCAGGGACUGCUGGGCUGUGCCCUUGGCUGCGCACACUGUGCUGAUGAGGUGCCUGCGGGAAGGGGAAGAGCGUGUUGUCAAUCACAUGGCUGCCAAGAUUAUCGAGAAUGUUUGUACAACAUUUUCUACCCAGGCGCAGGGCUUCAUCACCGGGGAAGUUGGGCCUGUCCUGUGGCACUUGUUCCGACACUCCACCGUGGACUCCCUGAGGAUAACGGCGAUAUCGGCCCUGUGCAGAAUCACACGCCAGUCUCCCACAGCCUUCCAGAACGUCAUCGAGAAGGUGGGACUCAAUGCCGUCAUCGGCUCCCUGGCCUCUGCCAUCUGCAAAGUGCAGCAGUACAUGCUGACGCUGUUCGCGGCCAUGCUGUCCUGUGGGAUUCACCUGCAGCGGCUGAUCCAAGAAAAGGACUUUGUGUCUACGAUCAUCCGUUUGCUGGACAGUCCGUCCACUGCCAUCAGAGCCAAAGCCUUCCUGGUGCUGCUUUACAUCCUGAUCUACAACCGGGACAUGCUGCUUCUGAGCUGCCAAGCGAGGCUGGUGAUGUACAUCGAGAGAGACAGCAGAAAGACCUCCCCAGGCAAGGAGCUGCAGGGUGGGAGCGAGUACCUGGCCAGGUGCCUGGAUCUCCUCAUCCAGCACAUGGUACAGGAGCCGCCGCGGAUCCUAGGUGACAUUAUCAAUGCCCUGGCCAAUGUGUCCGGCCGAAAGCACCCAUCAACGGUCCAGGGGAAGCAGCUGAAGAUGUGUCUCCCCAUGAUGCCCGUGGUGCUCCAUCUGGUCAUGUCUCAGGUGUUCCGGCCUCAAGUCGUGACAGAAGAAUUUCUCUUCAGCUAUGGGACAAUUCUUAAUCACAUUAAGUCAGUUGACUCGGGAGAAACGAACAUAGACGGAGCCAUAGGGAUGGCGGCUUCGGAGGAGUUCAUCAAGAUCACCUUGUCCGCCUUUGAAGCAGUGAUACAGUACCCCGUUCUGCUGGCCGACUACCGCUCUACGGUCAUUGAUUAUAUUCUGCCACCCUUGGUCUCCUUGGUUCAAAGCCAGAAUGUGGAGUGGAGACUCUUCAGCUUGCGGCUGCUCUCUGAGACCACGGCGCUGCUGGUGAGCCAGGAGCCGGAGGACAGUGAUGCCGAUGCCGGCUGUGAUCCUGACAGCAAUCUUCUGGCGCUCUUCAGGGACGAGCUGCUCAACCAGUAUGAGCACAUCCUCGUGGAGCCUGACCCAGUUCCGGCCUACGCUCUGAAGCUGCUCGUUGCCAUGACAGAACACAACCCGGCUUUCACCAGGCUUGUGGAGGAAAGCAAAUUGGUCCCGGUCAUUUUCGAAGUGAUUCUGGAGCAUCAGGAGAGCAUUCUGGGUAAUACCAUACAGAGUGUGAUAGCAUUGCUCAACAAUCUGGUUGCAUACAAAGGCUCAAACAUGCAGCUGCUUUAUAAGCAGGAGCUGUGAGGGCAAUGGGUCUACACGACACGGCGCAGUGCACCAAAGCAGAGUACCUCCGAAGAGUCGUCCAGAGAAAUCCUUUGUCUUCGAUGGUUCAUGGAGUACUAGAAAUCAAAACACUGAUGUUUUAUUUUUGGUCAGGUUUAUAUUAAUCUUUCUAAAUCAGUGUUUACUCAAGAGACCAGAAAAUCACUGCAAGAGUGUUUGUGUUUGUAAGAAUAAAGAAACCACACACGUGACAACCUUCUUAUCCUCCUUUAGGAUAGCAUCCAAAGCUGUGUGUGUGGCAUGUGCCUGUCACCCCAGCACUUAGGAGGUGAAGGCGGGAGAAUCAGCUGCAUAGUGAGUCCCAGGCUAGCAGACCUGUUAUCAGGAGACAUAAUAAGCUCACUUGGGGGUUGGGGGACACAAACAGCCUUUGCCAGGUGGCUUUGGCUGGCCUCUAGCCUGCAGCAAUCCUCCUGCCUCAGUCUCUUUAGUUCUGGGAUUUCAGACUGGCCACCAGACCUGGUUUAGUCUAAUUUUAAAAAAUUGUUUUAUUUUUAAUUACGUGCAUGUUCAUCUGUCUGUCUGUUGGUAUGUACACAUAAGUACAGGUGCCUUUGUAUGUCAGAGGCACCGACUCCCCUGGAGCUGAAGUUAAAGGUGAUUGUGAACUGCCUAGUGUGGGUACUGGGAGCUGAACUCAGGUUCCCCGAAAGAGCAAAACAUGGCUCUAGCCACUGAGCCAUCUCCAGGCCCUACUGUAGCGAGUAACUGUUAUGCACGUGUUUAACCUGGUGGCGGCGCUAUAGUAGACAGCUGUAGUUGUUUUCCAACUGGUCUCCAAGGGCAGGUAAGGUUGUUCUUUGGUGGUUAGUGAAAUCUGAGAAAAUCCUUUAGUGUUCUAAAAUGUGUUCUCUGGAAGUUUCUAGAAGUCUUCACUAUGCAGAUGCAUUAAACAUUUAAUCAUCCAGACUGGGACAGUUCUCCUUAGACCUGUGCAGAAGCAGCACACUCUGAGAGAGCAGAGUGUCUCCACAGCUGCGUGCAAGCACAGAUACUGUGUCCAGGCUCUCUGGCAGUGAACUGGCCGAGCAGCAAGGGCUGGUGUGAAGACUGCUCGCAUUCACAUCUCAGCCCUGCUACCAUCACUGUCUACUUAGUGUCUGCGCCUCUGUUUUCUCACCUCUGCAAUGGACACAGUGACAACAAACCCACCACCUGGAGGGUUAAGCCGUUUGAUGGGCGUGAACCACUGCAAAGGGCCGGCACAUAGAGAACCCAAUAGAAACAAUCACUUUUCCAUAAACUGACCAGGCUCCCCAAGGAGCAUUCAUACCUCCCUCUGAGAGGGAGCCUGACAUUUCCUGGACCAGCCUUUCUGGAACCCUGUUGGCAUGGAAACAGGCUGAAGAGCCGUGGGCGUGGUGCAUGUGCCAGGCACUGCAUGCGAGGCAGUGCCCACAGGCAGAGUGGACAAGAUCAACUGUGGCUCCUGCCACCCCCAAACCCAUCCCUACCUGUGUCCCUGCCUCUCACCUGUUAUUUUCAGGGACUCUUUGUUGUGGUCUCAGCCCUUCCUCCUCCCAGGCUGAAGGACUUCCCACUUGGUCUCCAUUUCGUACUCAGUCCCUGGGUACUCUGCAGUUCAAGGGAGACUAGAUGGCAGGAAGAGCCAUCUGGGGACUUGUGGCACCUGCUGUUCACCUCUGCUCUGCUCUGAGGUGCUUGUUUGGCCAUUGGCUUGUUUCCAGGGUCUGUCCCAGGCAUCGCUAUGAAAACCUGUUCAAUGGAAUGAGUUUUGAAAGAAGGAAGGAGACAGUUGGAGAAGAGAGGUAGCGUUUGGAUAAUGGUAACCCUUUAUCUCCCAGCCAAUACCUCACCUCUAACACUGGUGAGAUGUUCUCAUAUUCUGUGCAGUCCGCCCACUUGGUGUGUGCAGGUGUGCAUGCCCCCCCCCCCCCCCCGCGCUACCCUCCUCAGCUGUGACGCACCUCCUCCCUACUGGGUACAGUUGUCGAGCACCUACUAUGUGUAAGAUGUCGUGCAUUUUGAAGCUUGAAGACCAUCAUGGUUGAUAACAUCUGCCAUGUUCCUCUAAUUGACCCUUCUCUCCAAGUUUUAUCAGUUUUAUUACCCGGCUGGCUGGAAGGUUACCUGCCCAUCCGUGUUUGGGGACAGUGGUCGCAUCUCCCUCUUUCAUUCUGUCUGUUUAUUUUGAAGUGGCAACAGCAACCUGUCAAUCAACAAACUGUGCUCUCUUCUUUAUUACUUGAUGACAUUUGAGUGGCUUCCUACCAAAGCCCACUUCCUCAGGGUUCAGCCAGGUUCUUUGGGUCCCCAGUGAUCUAAAUAGCAAAGCUAUUUUGCCAGCCACCCAAAAGUUUUUCAGUAAAGGACAUUUAACAAGCUUCCUCUUUCCUCUUCCAUUCUUUUUUUAAAAUUUGAGACAAGGUCUCGCUGUACAGCUCUGGCUGUCCUGGAACUCAGUGAACUCACUAUGUAGAUGAGACUGGCCUUGAACUCAGAGAGAUCCAUUUGCCUUUGCCUCCUGAGUGCUGAGAUCAAAGGGAUGUCCCAUGGUACCUGGCCUGUAAUAGAUUCUGAAACAUGAGAAUUGGCAAGGGAAAUCCUUAACAGAAUGGGAUCACGGGGUGGGAGAUCCCAAGCAGGUGUGCCUUUGGUGGGUUCCCAGGAGCUACCGAAAGGCCCAUCAUUUGAAGCUGUCUUCCCUCAGAGAUGGCAUGUAUCCACGAGUUGAGGAAACAUGUGAGAUGCUCACAUGCACAUGCGAGAAGACAGCAUGGUCUGGCAGGUGAAGUUGGUUUGAAUCUGAUAUCUGUAGCUUUAUCCAUGAGAUGCUCCAGAGUCUCAUCCUCUAGAGAUAAAGGCGCCACUUCCCAGGGUUUGUUUUGAAAGUUAAAUGAUAAUAUAUGUAAAUUUUUAUGCAUAAUCACUGAAAUUAGCAUAACUAUUUAAAGGUAAGUAGUAAAAGCCAGUGAGCCUGUAAGUUUGACAUCUGACCACGUGAAGAUCACGAGGAGGCGGGAAGGGAAGCCGCAGCUGAGUGACUCGGGAGACAGUGUCAUCUCCAGUCCUAGUUGGGUGAGCCUUCACCAGCCCUCAGGGAGCAGCCAGUGCAUGGAGCCCUGUUGUUGAUAAGUGGAAAAUGACUCAUUUCAAAGCGAGUGACUGCAGGAUUCUGAACAUAAGGAUAGUUCCAUUAGGAGGUGAUAAUUUAAGAGGAAAGGCUUCAUCAGGCAGAUCUGGGACUACGUGUAAAGGCACUGAUAGAGGUGAGGCCCAGGAUGCAGAACCACGGACUCCUUUCUCACUACUGGACUGAAUUUCUGCACAGAGGACUCUGUCUUCAUCACAGCUUGUGGAGAAGAUGAGCCGCACUUCCGGUGGACUAGCCCGACAGAUGCUGCGGUCGUGUUCGUUCAUUUAAUGGUAAUUUAGUUAGCACUCCUGCUCCGGGGGUGACUUUCUGCUUCACUGUAUCUGCUGCUGUGCUUUAUGGUCCAUCAUUUUCCAGGGUCUUAGACUCCCUUGCACUUGUCAGUGGAAGAGGAAAGAAGGUAUCAUUCUAUUUCAGCAGAGGAAUAAAUGUCUGCAAACCAAGUGUUUGAAGAGAAACUAAUAUCCAUAAUAUAUAAAGAACAUCCUCAACUCAAUGAUGGGGAAACGUACAGCCUAAUUCACAAAUAAGUAGAUUUGAAUAGAUAUUUCCUCCAAAGAGGAUGCACAAGUAACAAAGCCUCAUGAGUAGCAGCCCAGCAUCCACACCCCUCACAUACUGCAGUGGCAAAUGUGACUGUCGGGAAUUAAUAACAGGUGGUGAGGAUGCGGGGAGAGGGAAGCCUUGGGCUUGACAGCAGGACAGAAGAUGCCUCAGGCCCCGUGUGUGGCUCCUCUUAACAUCAGACACAGAUUUGGCAGUUCUAGUCCAGUAGUAAAAGCAAAGGUCUGAAAGCAAGUUGGGGUGCAGUGGUAUAAGCUUGUAAUUCCAGCACUCUGGAGACUCCAGAGGAGGGUCCCAAACGGCCUCAGAAAGCCAAAGGCUGAGCGUGGAGUUUGCUGGUAGAAUUUUUGCUGUGCUUACACAAGAACCUGGUUCUUCUGCUGAAGCACGUGAAGGAGCCAUCCUGUAGGCCCAAAGCUGCAGGAUCUCCACGACACAGAGUCUCCGUAAGGGCCCAACAUUGACAGUGUAACAGAAAGCAGAGGCCUCAAACCAGACCAGUGACUCUUUGCAUGAACACUUGCAAGUAAAGAUAU